AUAUAACUCUCGCCGAUCGCCUCUCCCCCGACUCGCCAUCCUCCUGUCCGGGCCCGUUUGCUCUGAGCACCGCAUCCAGCUUCCAUCCUCUGCUUUGUCCUUACCCACCUACCGCCAUGGAACUCGCUCUGGGUGCCGUUGCGGUGACGGCCAUCGCCGUCCCCACCUUCGCGUUCCUCAACUCAAACAGAAUCCAGUCCGUCGAGAUCGAAACUGCCGAGGGCGACUUUACCAAGGAAACCCGUCCCAGGCGCAAAAUCGCCAGCAAGGACCAGCUCUGGGCUGCUCCCGAGCCCCAUCUGUCGACCGUCUUCGAGCUCAUCACCGAUGGCGUCCAGAAACGGCCCAACCAUCCCACCCUCGGCAAGCGCCAGGUCGUCAAGAUCGUCGAGGAGGAGAAGGAAGUCACCAAGGUCGUCGGUGGUGUUGAGAAGAAGGAGAUCAAAAAGUGGAAGUACUUUGAGCUCUCCGGCUACGAAUUCCUCACCUAUCAGGAAGCCUACGCCAAAAUGCUUCACAUCGGCUCUGGUCUCCGACAGCUGGGUCUGAAGAAGGGCGACAUCGUCACCCUCUUUGCGAGUACCAGCCGCGAAUGGAUGCUCUUCUGCAACGGAUGCUGGACCCAGGACCUGACCAUCUCCACUGCAUAUGAUACCCUGGGUGAGGAGGGCUUGACCUUUGCCCUCAAUGAAGGCGAGGUCACCACCCUGUUCACCAACGCCGAUCUGCUGCCCGUUAUGCAGAAGGUCAUUCCCAAGGUCUCGUACAUCAAGCAUAUCGUCUACCAUGGCACUCCUGCCGAUGGCAUCAUCAACAACAUCAAGUCGGCCUUCCCCCACAUCAACAUCUACUCGAUCGACGACCUCAUUGCUCUCGGCGAGAAGCACCCUUCGCAGCCUACUCCUCCCACCAAGGAGUCGACCGCCUGCAUCAUGUACACCUCCGGCUCUACCGGCAACCCCAAGGGUGUCGAGCUGACCCACCAGAACAUUGUUGCUGGAGUUACGGGUGCCCACGGCAUCGGCAUCUUUUCCAAGCACAAUCCCAAGGACGAUGUCUACCUCGCUUUCCUGCCCUUGGCCCACAUUCUCGAGCUCGUUGUCGAGAUCUUUGCCAUUUGGGUCGGCGUCACCAUCGGCUACGGCUCUGUCCGCACGCUCACGGAUUCCUCGGUCCGCAACUGCAAGGGUGAUAUCCGCGAGCUUCGCCCGACGCUGAUGGCGGGUGUGCCUGCUGUCUGGGAAGGUAUCCGCAAGGCUGUGCAUGCCAAACUCAGCACCUCCAGCACCCUCGUUCGCAACAUGUUCUAUGCUGCCUAUGAGCUCAAGUGGAAAUGCAUCGAGCUUGGUCUUCCCACCGAUUUCCUGGACGCUCUGGUCUUCAACCAGAUCAAGGCCCAGACCGGUGGCCGCCUGCGUCUUGCUCUCUCCGGUGGCGCUCCCAUGGCCCGCGAGACCCAGCGAUUCUUCACCACCUGCAUCUGCACCAUGAUUGCUGGCUAUGGCAUGACCGAGACCGUCGGCCUUAUCGCUGUGCAGGAUAUCUCGCAGCCCCACCUGCUCGGCAAGGUUGGUCCUCCUUGUACCUCGGUUGAGGCCAAGCUCGUCAACGUGCCCGAUAGCAAGUACGCGGUCACCAACACUCCGCCCCAGGGCGAGCUCUGGGUCCGUGGUGCCAACAUCAUGAAGGGCUACUACAAGCAGCCCGAGCUCACGGCUCAGACCAAGACCGAGGACGGGUGGCUCAUGACCGGCGACAUUGCCGAGUUCAGUCCCGAGGGCAACAUUGUCCUCAUUGACCGCAAGAAGAACCUGGUUAAGCUCAGCAACGGCGAGUAUGUCGCUCUCGAGAAGCUCGAGUCUGUCUACAAGAUGAGCCACUACGUCGCCAACAUCUGCCUGUACGCCGACCCCGAGCAGAGCUUCGUCGUUGCCUUGGUUGUCCCCGUCGAGAAGGAGUGCGAAAAAUACGCUGCCGCCAACAACCUAUUCCCGGGCCAGGACCACUUUGACCGCAACGAGAUCGCUGGCCAUCCUGCUAUCCAGAAGGCUGUCUUUGACGACCUGGUCGACACUGCCAAGAAGGCCAAGCUGAAGGGCGCCGAUCUGAUCGGAGCCUGCUUUGUCUGCCAUGAAGAGUGGACCACCGAGAACAACAUGACGACUGCCGCUCACAAGAUCCGCAGAGCCGACAUUGUCGAUCAUUACAAGAAGGACAUUGCCCGCAUGUACGGAACCAGCACGUAAAGCGACGUGCGCUUUGGCAUUGUUGAAUAGUGCUGGUCUUGUGUGCCCGGUUUAGACACCUGCGAACGGCCAGC